AAGCAUUUUAUAGGUAAGAGAUCUGUGAGCUCAUACGUUAUCAUCAAAUGGCGAAGGAGACAGUGUGUGUAACCGGCGCCAACGGUUUCAUCGGAUCCUGGAUCAUCCGAACGCUACUUGACAACGGAUACACCAAAAUCCACGCCUCGAUAUACCCAGGAUCCGACCCGACUCAGCUCCUCAAACUACCAAGACCCGACGAGACAAACACCGAGAUCAAGAUCUUCGAAGCCGAUCUCCUAGACUCCGACGCCAUUGCCCGAGCCGUAGACGGGUGCGCUGGAGUGUUCCAUGUGGCGUCACCUUGUACGUUGGAUCCACCGGAGAAUCCGGAGAAGGAGCUGGUCGAACCGGCGGUUAAGGGAACGAUCAAUGUGUUGUUGGCAGCUAAUAGGUUCAAUGUGAGGCGCGUGGUGAUCACUUCCUCUAUCUCGGCUUUGGUUCCGAACCCUGAUUGGCCGGAAGGAAGACCUGUAGAUGAGUCUUCGUGGACCGAUCUCGAGUUUUGCAAGUCGAUGCAGAAAUGGUAUCCAAUUUCAAAGACACUAGCUGAGAAAGCAGCUUGGGAGUUUUCUGAGAAGCAUGGAACCAACGUUGUGACCGUCCAUCCAUCCACAUGCCUCGGACCACUUCUGCAACCUAGCCUAAACGCAAGCUGCGCCGUUUUGCUCCAGCUCUUACAAGGCUCGACCGAGACACAAGAGCAUCAUUGGCUCGGUGUGGUGCACGUGAGAGAUGUGGCUAAAGCUCACGUGAUGCUGUUCGAAACACCUGAAGCUUCUGGUCGGUUUCUAUGCAGUAACGGGAUCUAUCAGUUCAGUGAGUUCGCUGCUCUGGUCUCCAAACUCUUCCCUGAGUUUGGUGUUCACAAGUUUGAUAAAGAAACUCAACCAGGGCUUGCAGCGUGUAAAGAUGCGGCUAAGAGAUUGAUUGAGAUGGGGUUGGUGUUUACUCCGGUUGAAGAUGCGGUUAAGGGGACGGUCCAGAGUCUUAGAGACAAAGGCUUCCUCUGAAUGAAUUUAAUAUCGUCGCAAAUUCCCAACUAUGUGACCUUUGUUGUAAUGUACAAGUAGAGGAACUAAGAAGUGAACGGGUGGUUCAUAUGAUACAUCUAUGUAUUGAGUACAAGGUAUUAUCAACACAACAUUGUUGUUCCU